AGAAGUUGGAAUUGUUGAAAAACUCGAGCGGUCGGCCGGCGAAUUCGUGGGACUUCCGCUUCACGCGGACUCGGCGGUGAACGUGUCAGUAGACAACCGUGUUGGAACUUGCCAGAAUGGCGGCAACAACGUCGCUCAAGGAGAACGUCGCGACGUUUGCCGCCGGGUGCUUUUGGAGCGUUGAGCUGCAUUUUCAACGGCUCCAAGGUGUUCUCGACACCAAAGUCGGAUACGUCAAUGGCCAUACGAUCAACCCAACCUAUCGGCAAGUCUGCUCUGGGUCCACUGGGCACGCCGAGGCCGUUCAAGUCACCUUUGACCCCACUGUGAUCACGUACGCCGAGCUUUUGAACAAGUUCUGGGACAUACACGACCCCACGACCUUGAACCGCCAAAAGAACGAUGUUGGCACGCAGUACAGGUCAGGGAUAUAUUAUCACACCGAUGCCCAAAAAGCAAUUGCCGAAGCGUCAAAGAAGCAAUUGGAAUGCGCAAUGAAGAGAAAACGGCAGGGAUUCUGGAAGGCGCUCCUCAGUCGCGUGUGUCCCUGCGGCCAUGGCGAUGUAGUGACGGAGAUUCAACCAGCAGGCCAGUUCUACGACGCUGAAUCCUAUCAUCAGCGGUAUUUGGAGAAGGGAGGCCAAUGCGCUGCCAAGGGUACCACGACAUCCGUGAGGUGUUAUGGCUGACUUCAAUAUCACGCAUUCGACGACGACAUGCUGGCAAUUCGACUCUGUACUUGAAACACUUCUGCAGCACGUCAAGAAGGCAUGAAUGAACACAAUGACUUGGAAAGAAUACCGUCGCGUAGAUUUUGGUGCGAAAUGUCUGCAGGGUGUUUCAACUGGACAAUGCCACGUCGGCUUCGUUUGGCCCCACGAUGACCUAUAGCUCGGCCCUCGACGCUGUAAAUGCAGAUGGGGGUCGUAUGAAGUGGAAAACUCCAUCGUAGCCAACGGACGCAGGUAGUUAUGACCUCGCAGGUGUGCUGAGCCGAUCGAGCUGUGUGGACGGUAGAACGACGGCACCCACAGCGUCAUGUUGGCGGAGGGUCUAUGUGACUGAAGCCUCACCAACAUGCUCAAUUUGGCGCCACAUAUGUAUAAUUCGACGAAGGUAACUUGAAGCUCAGCCAUCAGUGCCCCAUGCUCCGAAGGAAUUGGCAAUGCUGCGGGCUGCGCCGCUGCACGUCGAAAUAGUUUGUUCUGUCGUCGCCACGAUGUAACUGGUUUAACACUAUUUAAUUGUGGUCUGGCA